GAGUGGCAGUCUUUCCUUCACUCUUGUUUUUGUAUGUGAGCUGUAGCGUCUCAGUCUCUGGAUGUGUCCUGUCUUCUUCACCCACACAGUGGACCUGUCUGUCGCUCAUUACCCGGACACGUCAGUCACACCGACAUCCUCUCUGAGGACCACCUUCACCCUUCUACGCGGAGCUGGACCCGCACACCGGGACUCAGCACAGCCCGGUUCGGCUCGGUUCGGUGGACGGGACACAGCGGGGAUUUAAACGUCAGAGUCCGGCCAGAGAUGGAGAGAGGCAGACUGAUGUGAACACGACUAGCGCUAUGGAGAUACAUCCACUAUGCACUAAGCUUUGCCAUCAUAAAGCUGUGGAGCUGAAGGAUGAUGUGUGUGAGAAACAGAGUGCAGUCACUAUCAAUCCACGACACAUGAAGAAAGCCUUCAGGAUCAUGAACGAGCUCCGCAGUCAGAGUGUGUUGUGUGAUGUCACCAUCAUUGCGGAGGAUGUGGAGAUUGCCGCUCAUCGAGUCGUCUUAGCUGCAGGGAGCCCUUACUUCCAUGCUAUGUUUACAGGAGAGAUGACCGAGAGCCGCCAGAAGAAGGUUCGAAUCAAAGAGAUUGACGGCUGGACUCUGGGAAUGCUCAUCGACUAUGUUUACACUGCUGAGAUCCAAGUAACCGAGGAGAAUGUGCAGGUGCUCUUGCCAGCUGCUGGUCUGCUGCAGUUACAGGAGGUUAAAAAGGCCUGCUGUGAGUUUCUCAUAACUCAGCUUCACCCGACCAACUGCCUCGGUAUCCGCGCCUUCGCUGAUUUGCACGCCUGCACGGAGCUGCUCAAUCUCGCCAACACAUACGCAGAGCAACACUUCUCAGAGGUCGUGCAGAGCGAGGAGUUUCUCAAUCUGGGCAUGGACCAAGUGUGCAGCCUCAUUGCAAGUGACAAACUGACCAUUCCCUCAGAAGAAAAGGUGUUUGAAGCAGUCAUAGCAUGGGUCAUGCAUGAUAAAGAUGUACGUCAGGAACAUUUGGCUCAUUUGAUGGAACAUGUUCGCUUGCCGCUUCUUUCCAGAGAAUACCUUGUACAGAGGGUGGAGGAGGAAACGCUAGUGAAGAACAGUAGUGCCUGUAAAGACUACCUAAUUGAGGCCAUGAAGUACCACCUGCUGCCUGCUGAUCAGCGCUCGAUGAUGAAGACUAUUCGUACCAGAGUGAGAACACCCAUCAGCUACCCAAAGGUGAUGAUGGUGGUCGGGGGACAGGCUCCUAAAGCCAUUCGCAGUGUGGAGUGCUAUGAUUUUGAAGAGGAGCGGUGGUUCCAGGUGGCAGAAUUGCCCUCCAGACGAUGUCGAGCAGGUGUGGUGUUCAUGGGUGGUGUGGUGUACGCUGUGGGGGGUUUUAAUGGCUCAUUGCGUGUGAGGACAGUGGAUGCGUAUGAUCCAGUGAAGGACGAAUGGUGUUGCGUCAGCAGCAUGCAGGACCGCAGGUCAACACUAGGCUGUGCUUUCCUCAGUGGUCUGCUCUAUGCCGUAGGAGGCUUUGACGGCAGCACAGGUUUAGCUACUGUAGAAGCAUAUAACGCUAAGGCCAAUGAGUGGUUCCAUGUCAAUCCAAUGAGCACGAGACGAAGCAGUGUUGGAGUGGGAGUUGUUGGAGGUCUGCUGUAUGCAGUGGGAGGUUAUGACGGAGCCACACGUCAGUGUUUGAGUACAGUGGAGACCUAUAAUCCCAACACUAAUGAAUGGUCUUACACAGCAGAGAUGGGCACCCGGCGCAGCGGUGCAGGUGUAGGUGUGCUGAAAGGUCUGCUGUAUGCAGUCGGUGGACAUGACGGACCGCUGGUCAGAAAGAGCUGUGAGGUGUUUGACCCUACCACUAACACAUGGAAACAGGUGGCUGACAUGAACAUGUGCCGAAGGAAUGCAGGAGUGUGUGCUGUGAGUAAUCUGCUAUAUGUGAUUGGUGGUGACGAUGGCUCGUGCAAUCUUGCUUCGGUGGAGUUUUACAAUCCAAACACUGAUAAAUGGACCCUUCUGCCUACCUGCAUGAGCACUGGACGCAGCUACGCAGGCGUGACUGUGAUUGAUAAGCCUCUCUGAGCAGUGGUGGACUCGUUGAACACUGGAGCUGAAGCUGAAGUACAGCAGAUGAUUCGCUCACACUGAAGCUCUUUCUCGACUGACGCUUCAUCCUGGAGCUGCUUCACCAUGGACAUGGCCUGGAGAAAUACUACUCUCUCUCUCUCUCUCUCUUUCUUUCUCACACACACACACACACACACACACAUACACACACACACACACACACACACACAAAAAACACUCAUUCAGACCCACAUUCACACACUACCUCUUUCGUUCUUCAAUCCAAACUCUCACACACUCUAGAUCUCGCUUUUCUUUCUGUUCCUCUUGUUUGAGAGUAGUCAUUGAUGAUGUUUAUUGCACUUUGCGGAGCACUGACGAAGCAGAAUCGUGACAGACCGGAGCUGAUAUUUGGCCAGCGCGUCUGAGACGUGAUCAGAGCGUUCCUGCGGUUGAGCUGUUGAGAUGGCCAGACAUUUUAUGCUGCUUGAUCUUUCGAUCCGAAGGCACCCCUCGAGGGUUUUUGUUAAUUCAGAUGAAGCCUGAAGGAGAAAAGGUGUCUAGUUUUUAGGACCAGCACUUUGUUGCCUCGUGGAUGGUUGUUCUUGAAGCCACUAGACUUCAGCUGUCUUUAUGAAGCUUGGAUGAUGGCAGUGAGGAUGUGAAUUGUGUUUUAUGGUUGAAGCUGAAAUUUUGCUUGGCUAUAUGCGAGAAGGGUUGCCAUCGAAGACGAACACAUUUGACAUUUCUGCGAACUGUUUGCCAAAUAACAUUUGAAGUCUUAACGUUUUGAACUGUCCGUUGUUGUUUUGUUUGGUUUUUUCUUUUAAUAUCCUCUGGCUUUUUUGUUUUUGUGGUCCGGUUGUUCGAGAAUUGCAAUCUAUGACAUAUUUGAGACGUUGACAUGAAUGCUUCAGCUUGCACGAUCCUAUGGACUGAUGCUGGUUUGCUUGGGUAUUAAAAACCGCUUUGCAUGGUUCUCAAUACUGAUGUUUGUGUGCCAUUCUUAACUACUGCUGUACUCACUAACCAACGUGAUGUGCUCUCUGUACUAGCGGUAUUGAACACUGAAGACGUAUAAAGGUACUGUUUCUUAAAUGAGCUCCAUUUUCUUUUGGUUCUCUUGAUCUCGCUCUACUUUCUCUCUUCUUUUCUGUUUUUUCUGUCAACUUUUUAAUGACUUUCUCUAUUCUGCUCUUGCUGUUUAGUAUUGAACUCUCUCUUUAACUACUGUCACCAAGCCUAUUAAUGAGUAUAUAUGUACAACAGUGUAUUAUUAAUUGUCGGUCAAGAGGAAUGUUGUGUUCUUGAAGUUUCAUAACUUG